UUUUUUCUUUUCUCCCACUUCAUCGCAAGUGAGAGAGCUCUGGAACUUUCUCCUCUCAACAUUCAACAAUCGCAUACAGAGGCAGCUAGGGAAGCACUGAAAUGGCGGCGAGAGGAGCUUUGCUAAAGUACCUGAGAGUGAACGUGCAGACGGUACCUCAAAAUCCUAGACCCAAUACCGGCCUCUUCUCCCUUUCUUUCAAUGCAAUACUGCGCCAUUUCUCUGAGGAGGUGAGGGGUUCCUUCCUCGAUAAAUCCGAGGUCACAGAUCGUGUCAUAAGUGUCGUCAAGAACUUUCAGAAGGUGGAUCCUUCCAAGGUCACACCAAAUGCCCAUUUUCAUAAUGAUCUUGGGUUAGAUAGUUUGGACACCGUGGAAGUAGUGAUGGCCCUUGAAGAAGAGUUUGGGUUUGAGAUCCCAGAUAAUGAAGCAGAUAAGAUAAAUUCCAUCAAUCUUGCUGUUGACUUUAUAGCUUCACACCCUCAGGCGAAAUAGGGAAAACCACAAAGUCCAACGUGUUAUUUUGUUCUUUUCAGUGAGGAAUUAGAAACAUUAGUGAAAUUCUCGUACCUUGGUCCCUCUUUUUCUUUUGAACAAAAUGUUUUAUGAUACCUUUGAUUUGUCCAUUCCUGAAUCUGUUUGAAGAGGAUUGUUUUCGAUAUUUAUAACUGAAAUGCUGCUCUUCCAGUUGAAGGGAAUUGUAAUGGUGCAAUGGGCAGAACUACUGGUUGACACUAGUUGUUCAUUGCUUAUAUAAAUUUUCUUUCAAUAAAAAUUCCGUAGGUCAUUUCCUGGGAGA